CCCGCCCGGGGCGCUGCCGCAAAGCGCGGUCGGGAAGAUGGCGGCGCGCUGGGCGCUGAGCGCGGGUGCUGCCUGGGCACGGGGUCUCCUCAGCUGGGCACAGCCAGAGAGGUGGCUGCCAUCUGGGAGCCUUUUUCCUCUGUCCUGCCUCCACACCAGCACAUCCCUGCAGAGAAUUGGGAAAUGGGAGAAGAAGAACAGGAUUGUGUAUCCUCCCCAGCUGCCUGGAGAGCCUCGUAGACCAGCUGAAAUAUAUCACUGUCGGAGGGAAAUAAAAUACAGCAAAGAUAAGAUGUGGUAUCUGGCAAAACUGAUAAAAGGAAUGUCCAUUGAUCAGGCUCUUGCUCAGCUGGAAUUCAGUGACAAAAAGGGAGCAAAGGUGAUCAAAGAGGUUCUGUUAGAAGCACAGGAAAUGGCUGUAAGAAAGCACAAUGUGGAAUUCAAAUCAAACUUACACAUAGCGGAGUCGCAGACGGGCAGGGGCCGUUACGUGAAGCGCCUGCGGUGCCACGGCAAGGGCAUGUUUGGCAUGAUGAAAAUCAGCAGGUGCCACUACUUUGUGAAGCUGGUGGAAGGUCCUCCUCCUCCCCCAGAGCCACCAAGGACUGGCUUUGAGCAAGCAAAGGAAUACGUGCAGCAGCUGAGAAACAGAACCCUUGUUCACACACUGUGACACACGUUAGUGGCUGUAUAGCUAUCUCAUGGUGGGCAAUGUAAUUGUGUAAAGGAAUAAUUAAAGUCAUGGUUUAGUUAUA